GCAGAGCUUCCGCACUCCGGGCGGUUCGGGUGGUGUUCUGCAGCACUCGGAUCUCGGUCGAUUCUCGCUGUGCCCUCCUUUUUCUUCCAACUACCUCAAAAAAAAAGUUUGUAUCUGCUGGAUUCCAGUAGCCCUGACCUGUGCCAACUCAGUUCGUGCCCUUUAAAGUUCAGGCCCUGCAUUUGCUGAGGUGAUUUUUGCCAUGGCCGCUAGCGGUUCCCUCAGUGAUGAGUUUAUUGUGGGAGAGAGAUAUAAGCUGAUAAAAAAGAUUGGGUCUGGGGCUUUCGGGAACAUUUAUCUGGCUACCAAUCUGGCAACUGGCCAGAAAGUAGCUGUGAAGCUUGAAUCCCAGAUGGCCAAGUACCCGCAGUUGUUGUAUGAAAACAAGCUCUAUGGCGAGCUCCAGGGUGGGGUGGGCUUCGCCCACGCGUUCUGGUUUGGUCAAGAAAAGGGUUACAAUGCUCUUGUUAUGGAUUUGCUGGGGCCCAGCUUAGAAGACCUCUUUAAUUACUGCUCUCGUAAGUUCACUUUGAAGACAGUCUUGAUGUUAGCUGACCAGAUGCUUACUAGACUUGAGUAUCUGCAUAGUAAGAAUUUCAUACACAGGGAUAUCAAACCUGAUAACUUCCUGAUGGGCACAGGCCGUCACCGGAACAAGCUGUUCCUCGUUGAUUUUGGUUUAGCCAGAAAGUAUCGCAACAGUGAAACCAAAGAGCAUAUCCCAUACCGGGAUGAUAGACAUCUAAUUGGCACCGCGAGGUAUGCCAGCAUUAAUGCCCAUGUGGGUAUAGAGCAAAGCCGCAGAGAUGACCUGGAAUCACUUGGCUAUGUGCUGAUGUAUUUCAACAGGUCAAAACUUCCCUGGCAGGGAAUAAGAGGGCAAAAUAAGGUAGAGAAAUACAGAAAGAUUAGUAGCACAAAGAUUGCCAUACCUAUUGAAAUGCUAUGUAAGGGCUUUCCACCAGAAUUUGCCACAUACCUCAAAUACUGCCGCUCUCUGGGCUUUCAAGAAACUCCAGAUUAUUCAUACCUGAGGCAACUAUUCAACCUCCUUUUGAAAUCCCUGCCCAAACCACACCAGCAGGGUGAUUGUACCUUUGACUGGAGCAUCCUGAAGCACAAGUCACAGCAGGCAGGUGCUGCUGGUGACCAUCAGGGUCGCUACCCAAUGGAUUUCUAA